AUGUUUGUCAAAAAUGAGUCUAUGGUGCUCAGUUGGCCAGACUACAUCUUGUAUGUCGGUGUGCUCAUUGUGUAUGCCACAUUUCGCGUGUUUGUUUAUUCACAGCCGUUCAUUCGACGUCGGUUAAAAUGGUUCACCACGGAUACUAGUCGUUGGUCACUGGACGAAAAUGAGAUGAACAUGUUUGCCCGGGUCGAAGAUAAGCAACCAUCCGCUUCAUUGGGAACAACCACUCUCUUACUGUUCAUGAUAGUGUACACCGUGGCCACAGAAACGUAUGGCAAUGGAACGCAAUUAUUCUAUCUGAUCAUUGCUCAUUUACUGGCAUCCGCGUUCAUGGCACACUUGUAUAUGCCAUUAUUCCACGAACUGGAAAUAAAUAAUAUUCACGAGAGUUGCUUUCGACUUGCUUUGUGGGCUAAUGUUACACAAGUUAUACUCGGCAUGAUUGGCCCCAUGUUGGUCCUGAUUUUUGGAGUCAAGCACGUGGGCGGAAGUGGCACUAUGUGGGACAAAAUCAAACAAGGUGGCUUGGUGAACUUUGACAACUUCAAUGGGAGUCCGUUCACAGAAUACAGUUUCUUCACGGUAGUGGUUGGUGGUCUGGGUGUCUUGCUUAGCAUUCUGGCCAUAAACCCCAUUGAAAUCGAACAGUAUUCCAGUACCAUUUAUCAGAAAAAUGCAAAAAUUGGGAUUUAUACACGGUCAUUCAUCACAUGGAUUUUCUACCUCAUUCUGUGCAUCUGUGGAUUUGUCGGUUACAACGCGCUGUUCGGAUGCAACCCACUUCGGGUAGAAUUGACGAGCCAUCUGGAUCAAAUGCUAGCCAUAACCACUGUUAUCCUCGGUACAAAUGCGGUUGCACUGAAAGGAUUUCUUCUCGGCGUUCUAACCACUGUUUCGUUCAGCGCUCUUACUACGCUGGCAAAUUCUGCCGGAACCAUGCUAGCGCGUGAUGUGAUCGCGAGCACGGUCAAACUGAACGUGUCCCGAUACACACCCGGUGGACUGAGUCGGUGGAUAGCCUUUGCACUCUGCUUGCUGUGCAUCCCAAUCGCGUUUGGCUUACUAAUGAUUCCAACCAGUCUUUUCCGAUCCAGUGUGACAUUUGCCGGUGUAUUCGGUGGCCCACUUUUCACCGUUGUCUGUUUGGGUAUGUUUUUACCCUGGAUCAGUAACUUGGGUGCCGUCUGCGGUCUACUGGUGAGUCAGGUGUGCGGACUCGGGCUUUUAGGACUCAAACUCUACGCAUACACAGCUCCCGGACGCGAAACAGUCUACUACGAAAGCAUAGAUACCUGUGAAGCCAUUUUCCCAAUCCACAUUAACCCAGAGAACAUUACCCUUAUACCGCAGGAUGAUCAGAUGGCAUUCCUCGACUUCUCAUUCAUGUACAUUCCGGCAGUUUGCUUCUUCAUCGGCCUCAUAUUCGCAUUGUUGAUGAGCAUUCCCUCGCAGUUCAAUGCAAACAAGAUCAUCGAUGAACAGUAUUUCGCCUGGCCAUCACGAAGACUAUUCAAACUGGGCGGUUCAAGCAAUUCAAACUUGGUCUCUGAUUCGCAUGAUGAAAAGUUCAAAGAAAAGGAUUCCAACGAUCCAGCUUGGAGUGCAUCCACACUGCAUCGAGCACCGUCGACUUUGUCGCGUUGGGACUGA